AUGAAACCAAUCGUUGUAUGCCUCCUUGUCUUGGCUACGCUCCUACCAACAACUUUCCAACGGAAAGUGGAAAAUCCAGAUUUCCCAGCAAAUUGCCUUGUUGGAGGACCAGAUAUCUAUGACCCAACUCAAGCAGAAAAGGUACCAUGGUUCGAUGUAAACUUGGACUUGCCACCACGUCAACGCUUCAAACAGAUCGCCGUCGCUUAUAAGAAGGACAUCCGUGCCGUUUUCGAUGUUCUUAACUACUUUUUCACAAUCAUCCCUGGAGUCAAUGCAUGGGAACUUUUGGGUAAUAUCACAGCAAAAGCAAUGGAUAAAGGAAUGAUCAUGAAUCCCUACAAAGACGAAGUGCUGGGAAUUGCCGAAGUUCUAGAGGUGCCAAUUGGAAAUUUGGUGUUCUUGAACAUUUUCUACGAGAUGUCCCGUUUCUGCACCUCGAUCGUCGCUCAAACCGAGGACAAUAAGGAUCUUUAUCACGCCAGAAACUUGGAUUUCGGUCAAUUGUUCGUUUGGGACAUUGCCGCUCAGUCGUGGGGUCUCACCGAUGCUUUGAAGAAAGUUAGUGUCAAUAUCAAUUUCUUCAAGAAUGGACAACUCCUGUUCAAAGGAUCAACCCUCGCUGGACAUGUUGGUGUCUUGACUGCCAUGAAACCUCACCACUUCUCGUUAUCCAUGAACGCUAAGGUCCAACCAGAUUUGUUCAAUGUCGCCAGAUGGUACAUGGGAGCCUACGCCAAUACGGACCUUCAAUUCGUCAUGUAUUUCGAGCGUUGGUUGUUCGAGAACUGCAUGGAUUUCCAGUGUGCCCGCGAAAAAAUCGCCGAAGUAAAACUGCUCACCGGCGCCUACUUCAUUCUGGGUGGUGUCAAUCCGGGCGAGGGAAGCGUUUUGGUCCGUAACACGACGUCUGUUCAAUUCGAGAGAAAGUUGUUCGAUGGUGACAACGAUUGGUUUGUUCUGCAAACAAACUACGAUCCGGAUAAGGACCCACUCUUCAUCGACAACCGUCGUGACCCCGGAAACGCUUGCAUGAAAAAGUUGGGACGUUCGAAUGUCAGCAUGAAAGGAAUUUAUACUGUCCUCUCCUCAAAACCAACACUGAACAAGACCACCGUACAUACCGUAAUCAUGUCUGUCACCAAGGGAUAUUUCGAAACUUUCAUUCAGAAGUGUCCAAAUCCGUGUUGGGCAUUCUAA